AUGUUACGGGGCGGCCUGCAUGAUCUGUUGAGUGAUGUUGUGCAACGUGACGUCGAGUGCGUCGUUUGUGGCAACAACGCGGGCCACCUCAAGUUGGUGGAUGGCUUAGACCUGCUCUGCUCCCACUGUUACUGCGUCGACUGCGAGCGGCCGCUCCGCCGAUUUGGCCUGACCAUCCGCGAUGAAGCCCCAGCCAUCUGCGAAUGCACCACCACGCACAACCACAAGGCCCUUGGCAAACAACACCGGCUGGAGCACAAGUCUACAACCUCGGGCUCACAUUACCCCUCACCCGACUCUCCUCCACCCGUCUCCAUUCCAGCCCGGCGCCCGACUGAAAAGGCCCUUAAUGGCGUCAGCAGCCACCAACACGAUGAGCAUGGGACGGUUGCGACUGCCGACGGCGCUUCAAUCGAGGUGGCGGAAUGCCUCAGUGGUAUUCAUACCCUUCAGAACCAGACUGAGCGACUGACCGUCAAGCUCGAGUCGGUGCGGGUGGAGGUGCACAACCUAAUGGAUCGGGAUGACGGCGUGGCAGGAAACGUCGACAACGUUCUUGACCGCAUGGUUGACGUCUGUGCCCUCCAAGAGGAGGUACAGGCCCAGCUGCAGACGCUGCUGGAGCAGUCUGCCGCCUUGCGUGAGGAAGUGCAUCGCCUGAGCACCCACCUUCAUUCAGAGCCUUCCCCCGGUGAACAGCUCCAGCGCCUCGCUGCGCACUUGGAUGCACUCAUCCAGCAGGAGCAGCAGAGCCAACAGCAGCUUGCCAAAGCUCAGCUCACUCAACAUUCAAAACAGUUCCAGCUUCAGGAUGCGCUUCUCCAACAGCUGCGUGAUGUUCAAGAUGAGCAAAGUCACGCCCGACAGCUGCUACAGGAAUUGGUGACACGGCAUCCACAUCAGAUACAAGACAAACUGCGCGAUCUCACCCCACCACCCGAACCGGCUCUCAGUGCCAGCGCGGUGGGCAAGGAGCUCGAUGCAGUCCUUCAGCGGCACCUGGACGACAUGAAUCGUCGCUUUGAGCUUCAGCUUGCCACGGCGGUCGCACAGCAAGCUAAACAACAAGAACAGGAGCAACGGCAAGAGGCAUCGAGUGCUCAAGCAGACGCUUUACGCGAAGCACGCCAACAACUCGCGGCGCUCGAGCAGGAGAAACGUGCGCUCGAGACCCGCCUGGAAGCGCAGGAGUGUGAAAACCGACAAAAAGUUGUGGCUGCGCAAGACCUCGAAAAGCUGCGUGCACAGCUCACAGCCCUUGCGAGCGAGGCGACAAAGCAACGCCAACAGCAAAACGAGGUCGAGGAAGCUCUACUGACGCGGCGCCGCGAUCUACAAGCACUGGAGCAUGAAUACCAGCUCAAGGAGGAGGCUCUGCGUACACGUUCAGAUCUGGCCACCCAGGCAGCCGCGGCACAGGCCGAGCAGUUGCGCGAGCAGUUGCAGAUCAAGCAACAACAGCUGCACGAGCUGCAAGAAAAUCUGUCCGCAGAGCGAGCCCGCCUCGACCAAGAUCGUCGUCAGCUGCAGGAGCAAUUGAGUUUGCAGCGCGCUCAACUGGAUCAGGAGGCAGAGCAGUUGCGCACGCGCGCCCUUGAAGAGCGCGCCGCCAUUCUUGCUAAAACCGACUCUGCUGUGUCUGAAUCGGACAAGCGCCGCCAGCAAGCCUGGGAUGAGGCCGAGGCUCGUGUGGCGCAGGCCAUGGAGGAGGCAAAUCGAAGGGUGGCGCGCGUUGAAGCACAAGCCGCGCAGCAAAUCGAGCAAGCCGAGGCAAAUAGCCAAGCACGGCGUCGCGAGGUCGAGGAGCACUUGCGGACAGCGUUGCAGCAGGCGCAAGCAGCCAAAGCGGAUGCCGAAGCCGAAUUUGCCGCGAUGCAGGCGGAUCGUGAGCGUGUUCAAUCCGAACUCCAACGCCUGGCAGCCCACGCAGCAGAGCAAGCUGCUGAGGCCGAGGCAGCCGACGCUGCUCGACAGCGUGCCCUAGCACAGGCAAUGGAGGCUGAAGCCGAGGCAGAGCGCGUGCGCGAAGAGCUACAGGCUGCUCAGUCACAGCUGGAGCAGGCCCUUGAGGAAGUGGAGCUGGCCAAACGGGCAGCCGGUGCGCGAGAAAUUGAGGAGCAACGGGCUGCCGCUGCCCUGGCUGCCAAAGAGCGCGAGGAGGCUGCCAAACUCGAGGCUGAGCGGCGGCGCCGCGAAGCUGAAGAGGCAGCCGAGCGAUUGCAGGCCGAGACCUUGCUGCUGCAACAAGAGUGGGAGCAGAAGGAGCAGCAACGUCGGCUGCAGGCAGAGCAGGAAGAGGCAGAAGACCGUCAGCGACAAGCGGAAGCAGCGCUACGACGCAAAACGCAGUUGGACCGAAACCUGCGGAACCGUACAAUCCGCCAGGCCAAUCAUACAGUCAAGCUGACGCGGAAUCGGGCAGACAAGCUCAAAAAGGAUGGUAGUGCGACGUCUAGCUACGGCUUUGAGCUAGAGGGUGGCGAUGACGUGGAUGGGCUGCAGCCACACGUCGCCUCGAUUGAGGAGCACAGCCCAGCUGCUUGUGCCGGUGGCCUGCAGUUGGGUGAUUUCAUUCUCAGCGUCAACGGCCAGAUUGUCACACACAAGACGGCAGCACAGAUUGGACAGACCAUUAAGCAAGCAGGGCUGCGGGGCCAUUUGAGCUUGCAGGUGCACCGCGAUUACUCUGGCAAGAUUCUCCGCGAGCUCAAGGACAUGACGGAGGUCAAUUCUACGGCAGCGCGACACAAGAAAGACAAGCAAAAUCGAGCCUCUGCGAAAAAGUUUGCAGCAGCUGCACGAAACGUCCGUGCUGCGACAGCGGCGAGCAAGCUUCUCAAGCCGCCUGGCAGCGGUGGGCGUGGCGUAUCACGUUCGGGGGCCAACUCGGCCACCAGCACGCCACGGAGCACGCCGCGGAGCACACCACGCAACACGCCUCGCGCGACGCCCAAAGUGACGCCCAAGUCGUCGCCUCGGCUGCAGCGACGCCUGGCGCUGCAAACCCCGCCGUCGUCUCAGGAACGGACAACGGGGCCGGCCGGUAGUGCGAGUGAGACGACGAGCGCCGCCGCGUCCACGAACACGUCGCCGCGACCCCAGCGCCGUGCAAUUUCCCAUCCCACCUCCCCUCCAGAUACAAUGACACCGCCCACCAAGGGCACAUUAAAAGCCCUGUCGCAGGCCCGCAAGCGCAACAGUCUCGAGCCACGCCAACGUCCUGAUGCCGAGCCAUGA